GGAAACGUCGUUGCAUAAAAACCUCGUGAGGCUGUGUUAUCACAAAACCACUGACUGGCUGCACGAGAAGUUUGUUCCAAUUCCCCAAGAAAGCCUAAGCGUUGGAACCGCCAAGUGAAGAUGAACAAUAACUCCGCUGUCAACUUACCUCACGACGAGUACACUCCGUGCAUUUUCGAACAAACGUUUUCGUAUCCCGUUUCGGCCUGCGCCACAGCAAUUACAUCUGUAGCGGUAUUUGGAAACUUGUUGGUCUGUCUCGCAAUACUUGCCAAUAGACAUCUCCGCAAUAAUCCCACGGAUCUCUUCAUUCUGUCCCUCGCUCUCUCGGAUUUUCUUGCAGCAAUCAUAGUGAUGCCGUUUGAUAUUGAGUUACUUUUCAGGAUUGAUUUUGAAUGGAAUCAUGGAGAAGCAUUCUGUAUAAUUUGGCAAGUUGUGUACCUUAUUACCAUACCCAUUUCGGUUUUCAGCCUCUUGGCCAUCAGCGUGGAUCGAUACAAGACCCUCAGAGAUCCUUUGGCUCGGUUUAAGACCGCACAAUUCCUGACUCAAAAAAGAGCCUCCCUAGUCAUCAUGGUAAUCUGGCUUUACAGCAUUUUAUGGGCACUUUUUGUCUUCAUGGGUUGGAGAGAAAAGGGAGAGCCAGAUGAUAAAGACAACUGCAUGCUGCCCUAUACUAAAGAAUACAACAUUCUUAGCUCUUUUUUCAAUAUCAUUUUUCCGCUAAUGAUCACAUGCAUUUUCUACAUCUUGAUUUACCGUAUUGCUGUCAAAAACAAUCGAUUUACCAAACGAGAUGGCUUUCCCUCCAUCCGGGAACCUACUAAAGAAGAAAAAAGGAUGUAUUUCAAGAAUGUCAAAGCUGCUAAGACGACUGCCACCUUCCUGUUGGCGCUUUUCUUCUGUUGGCAGCCUUACUGUUAUUUCAUCAUCGUCGAAACCAUUCUGGGGAAAGAGUCGUUUCCUUGCAAAGUUUACAUGUCGUUGUUGUGGUUAGGCUACUUUAAUUCAGCGCUUAAUCCCUUUUUUUACGCCUUCAGCAACAAUCGUUUUAAGGCUACGUUUAGAAAUCUGUUUACUUCGCUUAAACCUGCUUUAAAACCAGCCAAGCCUGCUUUAUCUUUGCACCGGCUUUCCACGUUUUCACAAAGCACUGUCACUUCCGAGAUUCCAGAACUAGAAAACGGUGUCCGACUCCGAUCCGUAUCGUCCUUCGAAAAUUGAAUUCUAACAUCAUGCGCAAUAAAGAAGCAGUUCCAAUAAGCAAUCAGUGAGGCAAUUUAGAUGCAUGUAGAUAUACAUAUGAAGGGUGAAGAGUGACAAUUCUAUUUGAUUUAGAAAUACGCAGCCAGUAAAAGACUUGGCCCACUCACGUUUUCGUGUCGGGUGUGUGUCAUUGAUUUGAAAAACGUUGAAGGAAGCCUUAGAAACGAUGGCAAAACACUAUCUUGAACUUGCAGCAGUGAUUCUAGAUAUCUUUAAGAUGUGGAUCAUCGGCAUUUUACUUUAUAAAUAAUUUAUACAUUUUCCAUUGGCCAUUCAGGGAAUAUAUUUCUUUUUGAGUAGAUUGAUAUACUUUAAGACUGGCAUCGAGAAGAAACCGUACCAUCGUAUGAGAAGGCUUCGUAAGAAAUUUUUACAUAGCUCUAUUUCAGUAAAUCUAUUUUUCUAAUGUGAAACAUUUUUUCCGGGACUUCAGUUGUGAGCUACUUCCCCUGUGUGUAUAUCCCCUGUCUUGUAUGACAAGAUAAAAACAUUUUGACUUAAAAAAUCUUGAUUUGUCCUCGUCGUCACAAACAUUUACGCACUGGAGGUGAUGACAUACCACAAAGAUACUAGAUUCAGUUGCUGCAGAGGCUCAACGAGAAAUGUCAGUCUCCCUCACAGAUACUAGAGAGGAAAUGAUUGAGAAGAAGGCGCCCAACUGAUAAAUAAUUGCUCGUUCAGUUUUGCUUUAUCUCUUAUCAACUGGUUUAGCCUCUGCAUAAAUUUAAAAACUUCAUUCGUCUUCUCCCCUCAGAAGUAAUA